AUGCAUAUCAUAUUUUGCGCCAUUGUUGCUAAAACAAGGAUUCUGGUGGCAUCUCAGUUUGGGUGGUGUUACCGUACCUUCCAUUUGUGUCCUUGCGUUUCACAUGGUGACACUGCUCCAUUUGAUUGUGAUGUUGGUCAUUCAACUGAGGCUGAAAUCUUUAGGUACAAGAUAGAGAUUCGGAUUUUCCGCAGUGGCAAUAGUUGUAACUUUGUGUUUUGGAAUAGAGAAUGUGAGCUUCUUCUGGGUUUAUCUAUUGCCCAACUAUGUCAUACUAUGAUCAAGGCUGGAAUUGAUGAUCCAUUGGAAUUCCCAUUGGCACUGAUCAGUUGUUGA